UUUUUCCAGUCGGCUCCUCCUGGUUUAAGCCGCAGCAGCGCUGAGUUCCGCUUCAGUCUGAGCAGCAGCAGCAGCAUCAGUAGGACCAGCAGCAGCUCCACUAACAGCAUGGCCUCCAACACUGCCACCAUGGGGAACCUCCCCAGCGGGGUCGGAAUAUGUACGACCAUCCCGGACAUCCUCUACCUGCCAGAGCUGAUCUUCGGUGGUCUGGUGUGGAUCCUGGUGGCCUGCACGCUGGUGGUGCCUCAGAACCCUCAGGGCUGGGUCAUGUUCGUCUCCGUCUUCUGCUUCGUCAUGACCUUCAUCUGGAUGGUGGUGUUCGCCUGCGGGGGGCAUUCCAACAAAGGCACCUGGGCUGCAGCAGACUUUGUGUAUCAUGGCAUCGCCGCCUUCUUCUACCUCAGUGCUUCAGUGUCUUUGGCCAAGGUGACCCUGGACAUAAGAAAUGACAAACCGUUCCAGAACUACCAGCUGGACAUCUCUGCAGUGGUCUUCUCGUACGUGGCGACACUGCUGUACUUCGUCCACACCAUCCUGUCGGCCAUCCGAUGGAAAUCUUUCUAGAGGUUUCCUCCCAGUAGAGCCUCGUGAACAGCAGCAGAACAGAACUGAUUCUUAUUCGUAAAGCUUGUACAUAACUCUGUGAGGCGCUGGCGUGAAGGGAGGGCUGCCGGCGAUGGAGCCCGUCCAGCUGCGGCUUUUGAUUUUCCUCUGGAUGAAGUGAUGAACGACAGCGGAGGCUUCACCGCCGACCGGCCGACCCUGAUGGUUUGUGUCACAGAGCUGCUUCAGCUCCUCAGCUAACGUCCCCACGGCAGACUUCAACCCUUCAGACCUCAGUGUCUCCGCUUCCAUUACACACUGCAGCUGCUUCUGCUGACGCUCUGAACAUCAUGGACAUGGGCGCGAUGGACAGGACAAGAGACCGUGGACAGAGUAACAGUAAAAUCCAGUUUGUUGAAGCUCAUAAACAAGUGUGUGGAGUAAAGACUUUAACAUUAUGUAGACGAUUAUUAAAUCUAUUUAUAUUGUAGUUUGAGCAGUUUAAGAAGUACUGCUGGAAUAAAAGUACAAAAAAAUAAAAUCCAUUACAAGCAGACGUCCCACAUUAAAAUCCCAACUCAAGAAAAGAAAACUGCACUUAAAGUAAAAGCCGUCAUUUAGCAUUAAUGAAUAAUAUUAGAAUCAAUGACAUUAUUAUGAACGGACUCGUCAGCAGCAUUUUACUGUUGCAGCUGCUCCAGGUGGAGCUGCUUUUAACCACUUUAUAAACCGUUAGUUUGGAUGUUUUUCAAUGUAAAAACUUAAUCUGAAAACUAACUAGUAACUAACACAGUCAGGUAAAUGUAGUGCAGUAAAGACGUACAUUAUUUCCCUCUGAGAUGUGGUGGAGUGCACCUGAGUACGGCUGCUGUCUGUUGCUGCCUGAUGUGUCGCCUGUAAAUAAAACCCACGGUGAGGAGCACGAGCCAGGAUCCGACCCCAGGAUCAGGGUUUAGGGUCGGGUUACACCUGAGCCUGAAACUCUGAAGCUAAGCUGCAGUUUAUCAGCUCCACCUUCACCGCCUGCAUCAUUAAAGUGACAUAAACAUUAAUGCACUGAUGAUUAGACUGUAUGAUUAUAACAUACAUCAGUCUGAAAUGGGCCUUCCGCCUUAAAGACGUCCACUAGCUCAGCAUGUUUGUCCAGAUUCUGCCUGUUAGCAGCUUAAACCACAGGAAACUAAAUAUCAUGAGCUUCAUCCAACUGUUGUUUUUACUGCAGCAGGUUCUUUCUGGGUGUUUCUAUUAUUCUGUCCAGCCUCACACGUCGCUGCUUCGCGGUCUGUAGGAUGUUUGUUCCCUCUGCUCUCCUCUGCCUCCUCUGAGCUCCUGGUGAACCUCUCCCCGUGUUUCUCCUUUAACGCGACAGUUUAGUUUGGGAUUCUUGUUUUACUCUCAGCUGAUUAAAGAAAUCUGAUGUGGCUGCUUUUAUAUUUUUAUAAGCUCAAACAGAUCAAAACCAUUUGAUGCAGAUCAGAACAGGAAACUGAACCAGGAUGUAAAUGAUGAUAUUUUUGUAACGUAACGCUUUAUAACUGACAGCUUUGUUUUUGUAAAUUUUUGAAACUGCUGAAUUAAUGGAAAACGAAUAAAUGUGUUUGAAACA